AUGACGGAAAAUUGGGUGCACGAAUAUUUCGAUCGCAAGUCCUCCGAAUGGACUAUUAUAGGUUUUCUGGACGAAUGCGACGACGCACAAUCAUUCCCUGAUAAGAUUGGAUAUUACCUCACUUCUCUCCAGGUCAUUAUUAAAAAUGAGAGUGGCAAAAGGCACGAAAAAGCAUUGCAAUUGUUCGAAAAGUAUAAAAAGGCAAGUUCAAGAAUGUUUUUGGCUAAAAAUAUGGAUAAGGAAUGGUGGCGUGGCAGGGGACCUCCAAGAUCUCUGUCAUUCAAGUCUCUAAGUCGAGCCACGAAGCUAGGUACUCGGCCUGAUCGCCAGCUAUCAAGAGAUUGGCAAUCGCGAAGAAGUAAAGAGACCGCUGCCACCUCAGUACACUUACACUAUCCAUCAUUUAAGGGUAGCUCUCUAGGAAUCGGAACGGUCAAUGGUGGAACAUUCAAUGCUGGAUUGUCCGCAUCAAAAAAAAGAGAUCAGGAAGAGGAUGAUUCCAAGGAGAAAAGAUCUUUCAAGAGAAAUCGCCAGGACACUGACGAGAGGAAUACUACACCACCACCACCAAAUUCAAUGUCAACUGAAUCUGUGGAAAUCAUUGACGACUCAGAAAGUGAUGUUGAUAUAGAUCAGGGCGAAGAAGAAAUUAAGAGACUUACGCAGGAUGAGGUGGGCAUCCGUAACAAAUUACUCAAAAUUCUUACCGCUCAUCAAGAAAAAGACAAAGAAGCCGGGAAAAAUUUUAU